UCGUUGUCGCACAUCGUUGCGCGUCGCGGGAGCGACGAGGUCCGGAGACCUCGGUGCUCUUUAAUGAAAUAGCCAUCCUGUGGAGUGCGAUGAAGUGCGCGAGCAAUGAAUGAGCAUUACGUCGCGAGUAGUGUAGUACGUGGUACAUGCAUCGCACUGUGAGAUUACAAUGGCGAAAAUAACAAGAGCGCUGUAUCUAUUUACGGUAUAUUUGGUUGUUACGACAUUUGCCUUGAACGCUGAAGAACUGCUGGAGCAAGAAUGCCCCGUAGAUUGCCAUUGUCACUACUUUCGCAUCAACUGGGUGACGGACUGUUCGGAUAGCAAUCUUACGAGCAUCCCGUACAACGAGCUUAGCCCUACUGUCUAUAUUUUAGACAUGAAUGAUAAUAAUAUCGCAAACGUCGACCCGUUUCCGAGUUCAAUCCAUUUGAGGCGCCUCCAGAUGGCACAUAACCAACUAACGGAGCUGACAUACGAAUCCUUCGCCGGAUUAACGUAUCUAUUGGAUGCAGAUUUCUCGUAUAACGCCAUUACGCAUGUGGAUCCUGAAGCGUUUCGGGAUAGCCCGGGUCUAAUUACAUUGGAGCUUCAACAUAAUCCUUUGGAGGAAGUUGAAGGACAUUUCCUGAAUUGCCGCACGUUGCUGUACCUCGAUCUAAAUUCAUGCGGUAUCCGUCAUCUCAACACACGCUUCUUCCACAACACGACGAAUUUGAAUAAGCUCGAUUUGUCGCACAAUCCUCUACAAAGAAUAGAACCAGGCCCCUUCGAUCAUCUAACGAAUUUGGAAUACCUCACGUUGAACGGAUGCAAUUUAACCUACAUAUCUCCCGAAGCUUUUUCGCAUUUGGAAACUUUGCGACAAUUAGAAAUAGCAGACAAUGAAUUGAAGACACUGAAUUGGAGGAGCGUUCUCACGCCGUUAGUGCGCUUGGAACAUCUAGAUAUCAGUAGCACCGGAAUUACGAAUCUACCGGGUGAUGCCUUCGCUAAAAACUUGUAUCUCCGUCAAUUGGUCCUCGCGAAUAAUGAAUUGUGGCAUUUGGAUGUCGAAGAUACGCUCGGACACAAUCUGCACAGUCUUCAAUCUCUGGAUUUGUCGUAUUGCAAUUUACAAGAUCGCCUAUCCGAGGAAGCGUUCACAAACGCGAGUAAACUACGCGUACUCAAUCUGAGCGGUAAUCCGAUGUUCGCCAGCGAUUUAACCACCGUUCUCCGUCAUCUACCCAAGCUUCAUAAACUCUCCCUUAGCAACUGCAGUCUUCGAAGAUUACCGGACGCCUUCGAUGUGUUCGAACACCUCGAGGAACUCGAUAUCUCUCAUAAUCCGCUAUCCGACGCAUUCGUCAGUCUCCUCAACCCAUUAACAUCUUUGGAAUAUUUGGAUAUGUCUUACUGCGAUCUCGGUCACGUUGGAAACAAUACUUUCGCGCAAAUGACUUUUCUCAAGCAGCUAAUUCUUUCGGGGAACGAGCUUCAUACCUUAGAGGAAGGAUUGUUCGCGAAUCUGACGCGUUUGGAAAGUUUGGAGCUCAAUAACUGCGACCUGAAGAUACCCCUCGAUCCAAAAGUCUUCGGUGAUCAUGACUCAACAAAUAUAGUGGAGCUCAAACUCAGCGGCAACCCGCUCAUCGUACCUGACGAAGGCUCACUGCUUGCAACGCAACUAUCUAACGUGGAGAUUUUGGAUCUGAGCAAUUGCGGUAUCUCGCACUUGAAUGAAGACAUAUUUAGCACGACGAAUAAUCUCACUCAAUUGAAUCUUUCGGGAAAUACCAUCUCUGGCGUGGAGAAUCUGAGCUCUCUGAAGGAACUGCACGCGUUAGAACACAUAGACCUCAGUAAUAACAAAUUGCGCACGGUUAAUCCUAAAGUAUUCGAGUCGAAUCCGCGUUUACUCUCGAUCAAUCUUAUGGGAAACCCGUUUAUUUGCAAUUGUUCCAUCGUGGAGACUUGGGACUGGGCCGUGCACGAGAAAGGUGAUCUUCACGUACUCGUUGGCAGUCAACCGGCCAAUUUCGAAACCGGCUCCGUGAAGCGAAGGAAGAAUCUCUCCUGCGUCUACGACGAGGAAACUUAUCGAAACAUGAUAGACGGAAAUCAGGCAACCCCGACUCGCAAACAUUACCCUAGUCAAUUUACGCCCUCUCGUACUUGGGCUAAGUACGUUCGUGAGUCUAAUUGUAAUCGACGUUCAUGAUACACGGCGAUCAACCGUCAGCAUCCGAUGCUGAACGUCUACAAUACUAAUAAGGUACGUAGACACGGAGAGGAACUUUGAGCGAGAGAGAGAGAGUUCCGUACUGCUAAAUACAUUAUAUCGUACAAGCCAUAAAUUAAUAUAGCGAUGUCGUGAAAUUUAUAUUUCUGUGGCAUUAUUUUUAUAGUCAUAGGAUUAAGACAAAUACGGAGUUUAUGCAUUAGAAAAUAUAAAAAGCAAAGUCCGCAUUUUGAAAUGUUACUAAGUCAAAUACUCGGUUUUUUUUGUGUGUAUAUAUAUAUAUAUAUAUAUAUAU